AUGACCGAACUUGUGGUGGACCACUGGUGGAUUGACAUUGGCAUGGAGAUUCAAGGCAAUCAGCAGGUUAUGUGGUGGUGUUCCGACGCCCCCUGGCAGAUCUUACAGAGGGUCUUGGAGUUGGACAAUGAGACUGUGGAGCAUUACACCAAGACCUCCACCUUUUACCACGAUCUCACUGCGCAGCUCACUGAUGUGGGCAAUUUUCGCUACGAACCAUCUCAAUCCGUACAGCAACGCACCAAAGUGUUCUAUAUCCAGGCAUAUAAUAUGGAGAAGUCGCCAAUGUAUUUCCUGAAUGGCGGCAAUACCCACUCGAAGUAG